CUCCGCCUGCCUGUCCCUCCGGGCUGCUCGGGCGCCACCACUACUGUCCCCAACCCGCCCCGCCAGCCAGGCCAAAGGGCGGCGUGACUCACGGCGCUGCCACCAGCCCACAGUUUGCCCACAGCGUAUAAAGGCUGCGGGGUUGAAAGGUGGCAGAGCCUUGCCCGACCUGGCCCGAGGCGCACAGAGUAUGGCCGGAGGCGCGGAGCGAGGCCGCGGGGGCGCGGGCUGGGGGCUGCGCGGCGCCCUGGCCGCCGUGGCCCUGCUCUCGGCGCUCAAUGCUGCGGGCACGGUGUUCUCGCUGUGCCAGUGGCGCGGGCUAAGCGCGGCGCUGCGAGCGCUGGAGGCGCAGUGUGGCCGGGAGCAGCGCGAGGACAGCGCCCUGCGCGCCUUCCUGGCGGAGCUGAGUCACGCACCUCGCCGGGCGACCGCGCCACCGCCAGAUCCUGUGAGCGCCGCGCGCAACAAGCGCAGCCACGGCGGGGAGCCGGCGCAGCACAUCCGCGCCCAGAGCCACGACAUGCUGUUGAUGAUGACCUACUCCAUGGUGCCGAUCCGAGUGAUGGUGGACCUGUGCAACAGCACCCGGGGUAUCUGCCUGACAGGACCACCUGGCCCAGCAGGACCUCCAGGAAUUGGUGGGUUACCAGGACACAAUGGAUCAGAUGGACAGCCUGGUCCCCAGGGCCCAAAAGGCGAAAAAGGAGCAAAUGGAAAAAGAGGAAAAAUGGGGCCACCUGGAGCCACAGGAACUCCAGGGGAAAAGGGAGACCCUGGUGAGCUGGGCUUGACUGGAAACGAGGGCCCAGCAGGGCAGAAGGGUGACAAGGGAGACAAAGGGGACGUGUGUAAUGAUGUACUUCCUUCAGGUGCCAAAGGUGACCAAGGCCCACCCGGCCCACCUGGGCCCCCGGGCCCUCCGGGUCCCCCAGGGCCCCCCGGAAGCAGAAGAUCCAAAGGCCCUCGUCAGCCAAACAUGUUCAACGGCCAGUGCCCAGGUGAGACGUGUGCUGUACCAAAUGAUGAUACCUUGGUUGGAAAAGCUGAUGAGAAAGUCAGUGAACACCAUUCCCUGCAAGCAGAAUCCAUGAUCACGUCCGUUGGAAACCCAACACAAGUUUUGAAAGUUAAAGAGACGUUUGGGACUUGGAUAAGAGAGUCUGCUAACAAGAGUGAUGAACGGAUCUGGGUUACUGAACAUUUUUCAGGCCUCAUGGUGAAGGAAUUCGAGGACCAGCCCUCACUGCUGAACGGCAGUUACACGCUCAUCCACCUCCCGCACUAUUUCCAUGGCUGUGGGCACACCGUUCACAACAACUCUCUCUACUACCACAAAGGAGGCUCCAACACCAUAGUGAGAUUUGAAUUUGGCAAAGAGACAUCCCAAACUCUGAAGCUUGAAAAUGCCUUGUAUUUUGAUCGAAAAUACCUCUUUGCAAAUUCCAAGACGUACUUCAAUUUAGCUGUAGAUGAAAAGGGCCUUUGGAUUAUCUAUGCUUCCAGUGUGGAUGGCUCGAGCAUCCUUGUCGCACAGCUGGACGAGAGGACCUUCUCUGUGGUGCAGCACAUCAACACCACGUACCCCAAAUCCAAGGCUGGCAAUGCCUUCAUUGCCCGAGGGAUCCUCUAUGUCACGGACACCAAAGACAUGAGGAUAACAUUUGCCUUUGAUUUGUUAGGAGGGAAACAGAUCAAUGCAAACUUCGAUUUAAGAACUUCCCCAUCUGUUCUUGCCAUGUUAUCAUACAAUAUGAGAGACCAGAAUUUAUAUUCUUGGGAAGAUGGCCAUUUAAUGCUUUAUCCUGUACAGUUUUUGUCAGCUACAUUAAACCAGUGAUGGGAUGCAUUCUAUUCCCCUCAGUAAAUUUCAGCUGUUCUCUGGUACCAUGCAUAUCCCAAUAGAAAACUUGUCUUUAAGGGUGGUCAGGUACUUAGCUGUCAUAAUCACAUGACAUGGGUAUUUAUAUGGUUGGUGACCCCCUUUUAAUUCAGAUUCUGUAGGAGAAAAUAACAGAUUGGAACUCAAAAAUGGCUGAUAUUUGGUGAUUCCUUUAUAAACUAGCUGGGCAAGUUACCUCUCCCUCUUUAGGUUUUGUUUUCCCCACUGGUAAUUUGAAAGGGCUGGCUAAGAUGAUUGGUAAGAUUUCCUCAAGUUGUAGGGAAUUCUGUGAUUCUUAGUUGUUGCCGCUCUCACAACUUUUACAUAUUUGGUUUUGUUUUUUUGGUUUUUAGCUACAUGCUGAGCAGUUUUACCUCUGAGUUGAUCAGCCUGAUUGCUUGAGCAACAAAUUCCUUAGUGAUGACUUGGUGCCUUGGAAGCUGCACUGACCCCUUAAGGCUGCUGAGGUACCUUAUUACCCCUAAUUUAUUACCUUUCUCUGCAUCUGCACCUGCCGCCAGAGCACCAGAGUGGCCAUUAUCCUCAGCUCCUGAUUACCACUCCAAGAUUAGCAAAAGCCAGGAACAGCUACCUGCUCGUGUUUCCUAAUGAAACAGAAACAGGCCCUUCCAGGUUCCUAUCAAUUUUUGAUCAUGCUGAUACGCAGGUUGGGUCAUAAACAUUGAAUCCUCAGGUCUUGCAGGGUUCUUCUGCCACAGAUAUGGAUCUGCUAUCAGAGUAAAUUCUGUGCUAGUGGGAAUUACUCUGGCGAGAACCUUGGGAAGCACUUUGCAGUUUUCAGAAGAGAGGCACCAUUCGUGGUUAUUAUCUAGAGGAGGGAUGAGCAAACUAUGACCCUCAGGCCAAAGCCAGCCCAUCGUCUGUUUUUGUAAACAAAGUUUUAUUCCACACAGUCACAGGCAUUUGGUUAUGUAUUAUAGUAUAUGACUACUUUUCCUCUACACUGGCAGAGCUGAAUCACUGCAAGAAAGUUGAGUAACAGCCCAAAAAACCUAAAACAUUUAUUUUCUGGCCCUUUACAGCAAAAGUUUGCCAACCCUGAUCUAGAAUAUAAAGUGGGCCUGAUUCUUGAAAGGGCUUAUUCACCUGAGCCUGUUUGUUAUAUUUUGUUUUGUUCCAGAUGAACAAGUGGUCAUUUAUAUGGCUUGAGUUUUUGGUAAAGAAGAAGGGUGAGAAGAGCAUAAAAUUAAGUGGCCCUCCCAAAAAGUAGUUAAUGAACUGUUCUUACCCUAAUAUAAUUUUAAAGAAUGUGAUCUGGUUCCUUUGGAUGCAAGGAGAAAAUAUAAUUUAACCUGCUCCUAAAUGCCCUUAGAUACACAUAUUUUCUGCCAAUUCAGCUCUUCGAACAUCCUUCAGCCCAGCACUGAGGUCCAGGCAGCGCCACUGAGAGUCUAAAGGAAUCUGGAAAGUUUCUGUGGUCCUGCAGCCAGGAAAGAGACCUAGGGAAAUACUUAUGUAAAGAUUUUUCAGCAACUUGCCCUCACUGAGUACAUGAAUGUGUUGGGGGGCGAGCUUCUGAAACUUUUUCACUGGAGCCAAAUCGAUUCUCAGUGGCCCUGAGUCCUGGUUUUAUACCUUAUUAAUAGAAGCAUUUUAAAACUUAGGGGAUGUACAGAUUUAAAUAUUUAAAUCUCCCCACACCCUGCAUAAACCUAGGCAGCUAUUAGGGAAUUUAUUGUUGUUGUGUUCUCAAAAUAAUGGGUAUUUGAAACUUUUUUCCCCACUUUUUAAUUAGAUUGGUUGUGCCAUGUCAUCACAGCUUUUAAAAAAUACUCUUUUCAGAUUCCUGUUUUAUAACAAAGUAAAAUAGAGUUUCAUGUUCAAGAUCAAUGUGUUUAAUAUAUACUAGUCUUCUUUUAAACUAUUUUAAAAUAUGCAUUGCUGUUUCUGGACAUAGGGGACCUGAAUAUGUAUAUAAUUUCAUAGUGAUAGUUGUAAUAGUAAUAUAUAUAAUACUAAUUGUAUAUACAGUAGCAGCCAAAAGAGGUUACUUAUUGAGUUAGCACAUAUUUCUUUUAGAAAAAAAGUUUUAGAAACCCUAGUCUUUAUAUUUGAGCUACCUUAGCACCCUUAAUUUUUGGUAAGGAAUCAUAUACUCACUCACUCACAUAUACU